GCUUGUGUUGUAGUCAUUUGUCAAAGGGUAAAGCCAAACUUUUAACUAGCCAGUUUUGGACCCCGGAGCAAGGGCGCUUCUCAGGAUUGUCUUCAAUAUGCUUUGUCCGAGGUGAUGGAAUGAACUGCGUUGAGAGUGAAAGACAGACAUUUUGUUAAUUUUGCCAAUUACGGUUGCUAGCGCUUAGCUAGCCUGUUCGCUGGCUAACUGGGAGCUCGUCACUCUGUCAACAAGUUUUGUUCAGCAUGGACUGCACGGCGCUGGAGCUCGAUGGCGUCAAAUUUGCUAAAACAGCUGUUACCUAUGACCAGAAUGGCAAAUAUAACGAGGCUGUGUUUUAUUAUAAGGAGGCAGCCCAGGCUCUGAUAUAUGCUGGGAUGGCAGGGUCCAAACUGGAGGGAAUCCAGGACAAAGUGAAUGAAUACCUGGAUCGAGUCCAAGCUCUCCACAAUGCUGUCCAGGCACAGAAGAGCGACCCGCUGAAGUCCCGGCAUCAGGUGGAUCUGGAGCGCGCCCACUUCCUCGUUACACAGGCCUUCGAGGAAGACGAGAAGGGGAAUGAUGAUGAGGCUAUUGAGCUGUACACCCAAGCUGUGGAGCUCUGCAUUAAGACAUCCAAUGAGACAUCAGACCAGGCGCUGCAGAACAAGCUGAAGCAGCUAGCGCGUCAAGCUUUAGACAGGGCGGAGGGUCUUAAAGAAUCCCAGGCCAAAUCAACUCCAGGCCAGACAGGGCCUUCCGGUACCAAGCCCGGCAGUGGUGCCAAUUCUGGGGGACCAGUCCGCCAGUUUUUCCCCCUUGGGCCUGACUUCAGCCUCCACGACCGACCGCAGCCGCAGCCUGUCCGGGCAGUCCAGUCCAGCGAACCCCACGGUCAGCGCUACACGUCUGAGGAGAUCGAGGUGCUCAGGAGUACAUCAACCAUCAAUGGCAUAGCCUAUGUGCCCUUCAUGAGUGUGGACCUGAAGGAGCGAUUUGCCUUUCCUGUACCUUUCUCGGACAAAACUGGAAAACUGGCAUUGUCCCCCAAGCAGAAAGCCAUCUUCUCCCGCUGGGUUCGGCCAGACGAGAUCUGCAAUAACCCCACGAUGAUCAUGUCUGUGUCCAGCUUCAGCAUCAAACAGACGGUGGUGUCUGACUGUUCGUUUGUGGCGUCACUUGCCAUCAGUGCGGCCUAUGAGAGGCGCUACAACAAAAAACUCAUCACCAGCAUAAUCUAUCCUCAGAACAGACGAGGGGAACCGGAGUAUAACCCCUGUGGGAAGUACAUGGUCAAGCUUCACAUCAACGGAGUUCCCAGGAAGGUGAUCAUAGAUGACUACCUGCCGGUGGAUCGUAACGGAGAGCUGCUGUGCUCUUACUCCAGCAACAGGAACGAGCUCUGGGUCUCCCUGAUAGAGAAGGCCUACAUGAAGGUGAUGGGAGGCUACGACUUUCCUGGCUCCAACUCGAAUAUCGAUCUGCAUGCCCUCACUGGCUGGAUCCCUGAACGCAUCGCUAUGCACUCUGACAAUCAGUCAUUCAGCAAGGACGACACCUUCCGCAUGCUCUUCCAGAGGUUUCACAGGGGUGAUGUUCUCAUCACCACGGCAACAGGCGUCAUGACAGAGGAGGAAGGGGAGAGAUGGGGUUUGGUGCCAACACAUGCCUACGCUGUUCUUGACAUCAGGGAUUACAAGGGAAUGCGUUUCCUGCAGCUGAAGAAUCCGUGGAGUCAUCUGCGGUGGAAGGGACGCUACAGCGAGCGGGACGAGAAGAACUGGACGCCCGAGCUUCUCAAAUACCUCAACUUUGACCCUAAGACAGCACAGAAGUUUGAUAACGGUGUCUUCUGGAUCGCAUGGGAGGACCUUUGUCAGUACUAUGAUGUCAUCUACCUGAGCUGGAGCCCUGCACUCUUCAAAGAUUCCUCCUGCAUUCACAGUAGCUGGGAUGGGAAACAGGGCCCAGUAAAAGAUGUCUACAGUCUGGCCAACAAUCCCCAGUACAAGCUGGAGGUCCAGUGUCCAACAGGGGGAGCUGCUGUGUGGGUGCUGCUCACCAGACACAUCACUGACAAGGACGAUUUUGCACAAAACAGGGAGUUCAUCACUCUGGUCGUUUACAAGACAGAUGGCAAGAAGGUUUACUAUCCAGCGGACCCUCCUCCUUACAUCGAUGGCAUCCGCAUCAACAGCCCACACUAUCUGACCAAGAUGAGGCUGACCAGCGCAGGAACACACACCUUCACUCUAGUGGUCUCCCAGUACGAGAAACAGAACACCAUCAACUACACGCUACGGGUGUACUCUGGAUGCAAGUUCACCUUCUCCAAGAUCCCAAAUCCCUUCACUCAGUCAAAAAGGAUCAAUGGCCAGUGGAAGGGGGUCAGCGCUGGGGGUUGUGGGAACUACAAAGACUCAUACAAACACAACCCAAUCUAUCAGAUCAACCUGGAGCGGUCCGGACCGCUGCUUGUCGAGCUCCGAGGAUCCAGGCAGUACAGUGUUGGUUUUGAAAUGGUGACAGUGUCAACAGUGGGUGAUCCGGGCCCAGCAGCCUUCCAGAAGAAGACCAGUGGAGAUUACAGAUGUGGUUUCUGCUACAUGGAGGCGGAGCACGUCCCUGCAGGCAUCUACAACGUCAUCCCCACCACUUUCCUGCCCAAACAGGAGGGACCCUUCUUCUUAGACUUUGCGAGUACUUCGCCUCUCAAGGUCUCCCAGCUGCAGUGAAGACGGACCUGGAGAGAGCGCGGCGCAGGGAUUUGGAGGAGAGUACUUAACAUUUCUAAAGCUGCAGUUUGGAUGUAACGAGGUGUCGCGACCUCAUUAAAGCCCCGGGAGCCCAGGAUGUGACUGCUGCUAUCCUCUCGCCCCUCUUCUCUCUCCCAAACCUUCGCUAAACGGACAGACUUUGGACUUGAGUUUUGACUCCAUGACUCCACGUCUCUGUUGUGAAGAAUUAAAUUAUUGAUAAGAAAUAACCAAGAGGCACUUCAGCGUGGAACACGACCUGUAACCAUCAAACACACGAUCACUCGUCUGACCAAGCUGUUCAAAGCUUUCGCCACGCACAAGUCCUCCACAAGAUUCAAUAAUUAGCAUCAGUGUCGUUUUUUCUGGUCAGACAGUCAAAUCUAACAGAUUUCACGAGACAUUAGCGAUCAUACGACCACGUCCUGGACUCGACAGGGUGUGGAAAACACAACAGGGUUGAAGCUCACUGCAAAGCUGAUGCCAAGGCUGCUCGGAAGCAGCAGAUUCUUCUUCUUCACAGGUUCUGUUUUGCUGCAAUGAGCGCCUCAUCAGUGAAUCACAUGUUUAACUUUCACGUACGAAUCAAAUACUUUUGGCCAAAAUCUGGAUCUUAGCGGAGACUUUAAAUAUUUUUUUUCCGCUGUUUCGGCUGUAGGAAGAGUUCAUGAUGGCGCCUAGAUGUCAAGUCAAGUUGAAUAAAAUAAUAAACCAGUCAUAACAAUAGAUGUGGAGGCCGUAGCGUGGAUCUGCUGAUUGGGGCGCUCAUUACUGCAAAACUACUUGAAGAAGAAUUACCUUGACACAAACAAGUAUCGGAUCACUUGAUCUGGCUUUCAAAUAAUAUAUAAAAACCUGAUCAAACUUUCAUCUAAUUGAGUUCAAUAGGCUGCCAAAAUCUUUAAAAAAGCUGUUAUAAAGUCUGUCAAGCAGAAGGGACGGUUAGUUUCCUCGAAUGACCGCGAAGGUUUCUUUAUUCUCAGGAGCAGUGCAGCAGAGCAGCACCACAGGGAAUCCAGUAUGGCAGCAGUUGAAUGAUGUCUCUUCAUGUUGUCCGUGGAUGUGACGGCUGAGUGACAAGCAUCAGCCUGAUUUCACUGACAGGCCUCAGCGUUGCUUCAGCCACACGGCGUAGGUGUUCUACCUGUGUGUAUGCGUGCAUGAGUAAAUGAUUGUCACGAUCGACCUUUUACAGGUUUAAAAAAAAAAAACAAAAACAACUUACAUGUAUUGCCAAGUAUUCAUAUUCUGUUUAUGUUUUGUUAAUGAACUGCACUUUUUUUUUUCUCCAUCAUUUCUCAUUACUGUCAAACAAAAAUGUGUAGAAAUACUUUGAUUUCUUAAAGCCAGAAGCUCAUCUUAAAGUUUACGGUGUGGAACAUCUGAUUGGGGCGACGUCGGCUUUCAGCAGCGUGUCGUGUCCAGAUGCUGUUUUUCCCUCUGCAAGGCUUUGCGUCACAUGACCCUCUGCCAACGACGUCCGGUGCAAUCACGGAGGCUCUUUAGCGUUCUGGUCUUAUGAGAUCCUGUCGAAAUGAACGUAGAGGUUAUGCUGCAUCCUAUGGAAGCAGUCGGCAUCAGAACAGUGUGUGCAGACAUCUGAAACAUGUCUCUCUGAGUCAACACACCCGAUGACUCACUGGGACUUUCUCUGCAUUGCAACUCGCUGCUUCAACCUUUUUGUUCUCUCUUGCUGUUUUGUUUUGAUGGGACUCACAAUCUACAGGCCAUUUUUUUUAGAAUGAAAUCUUGACCCUGGGAAUAAAGCUCCACUUACUAGCUUUUAUUUUAAGCUUCUAACUGCAUCCCAGUUUUCAUCAGUGAAUAAACUUCACUCAGCUGGUGGAGGCUACACGACAUCUCCACGGCAGCUGUGCGUUCAGAGAAAGUUCCAGAAAAACCUUGAGCGAAGUCGGAUGACUCCAGUUUCGUUUUUAAAAUUCAAACUUAAGUAACAGUUGACGCUUGUUCGAUGUAUUUCAGUCAGAAAUGUUCACAUCGUAGCAUCGAUAUGUCUGCAUGUCUGUGUUCACUGAGCUCGAUGCGCAGCUGAAACCUGCUGCCCCGUCCUCGUUCACCGCACAACGCAAAUAAAACACUCUGACGUAGCAUCUUCACGUUGCUUACGUUGCCUGGAAAAAACUCACAACUUACGGUGACACAAAAUGGAAAGGCAGCAAAUCCUCACAUUUCUGAAGCUGGAACAAGAAAUGUAUUUGCACAAGUGGUUAAUUUAUUGUCAAAUUUGCUGUUGAUGUGUUUUCAAGUCUGUCUGUGUAGAUGUGGCUCGUGGCUCUUCAUCCGACUCACCAGGGCAUCGUGCACUGAAUGUGGACAAUAGUACUGUAACGUUUUCACAAAAAACUCUGGCUUUGCUGUACAAUCAGUUCAUUCUAAUUUCUAAUCCUCAGCGUGACUCAACACCAAGACGACUCACCAUAAAAAUACUGUCUCUGUUAUUCAACGUGUGUUUAAAGGUUGAGAUGAUCUGCUCAGAGUGGAAAAUAGCUUUAAAUCCCCAUCGCCAUGCACCUCUGUUCACCUGUUGAUCGAUGCUAAUUUAUUACCACAUCCUUUUGUUCAGUCUUUUUACUCAUUUGAAGAUGCAGCAGGACAAUCUUGCAGCAACCUCUUGUAUGAAUGAUGAUGUGAUGUUUGCAGAACUUGCACUAAAUGUUGGGUAGACUGAUGUGUUCAAAAUUUGAAUACAGCCAAUUAUAUCUGC